CAUUGACACCAACUCUCUUUUUGCGUUUUUUUGUCGCCAUUUUGUUAAUAUUUAGCUCUUCGCACCCUUACCUCCUUGCUAGAAGCACGUGUGCUUGUUUUGCAAUCCACGAUGUCGCACAUUCUUGUGAAAUGGGUGGAGGACGAAAAGUGGGACGUAUAUCCCGUCAGUGCCCUGGCCGACGCGGAUGUGGCCUUCCGCUUAAUAUCCCAGCAGGGAUGCAUCAAACAACUGCGCGGAACGGUUCACCGCGUGAGCUGGAAGGAAGGAGCGCCACCGGCCUUGGCAGAACUUCUUGCCUUCGGAAAUCCACAGCAACUCGAAAAAAAGAGAGCCCGUCUCGUGUCGGAGGCUGCUGCGCAAUCUGAUCUGCCAACAGAAAACAUCAACUCAUGCAGCACCUGUGCUGCUCAGGUAAAGCAGCUUGUCGAAGAGAAUGAGGCUCUCAGAGCUGAAGUAGAGAGGAUGAAGCGGACGGCAGAGGAGCGCGAUCACGUUGCUGAGGCAGCCAAAUUAGUGAAAAGGUUGUGAAAGGCCCUGGGUAACGUCGAAACCAAAACACAACAAGCAGCUGAACCUGUUGUUGCUUGCCCAAAGGGCUCUUUUGCGAAUUGUUUUUACAGAGGAUGAGCUGCGAGGAAGGACACUGCUGGGUGGCAGGAGUAAUUUACACAUUGACCAGCCACUGAAGGAGGCCUUGGACCCUGUUCGUGUUCAAGCUGUGAUUGACUACACAUGCUCCAAGUUUCCUUCGGCCAGCAUCUCCUACAUAAAGAACAGCCUGUCCUCAAUGCUCGCAAGGGAGUUGAAGGAAUAAUUGACAAAUAAACUGCAGAGCCAUUGUAUGUACCAAAAGAACCCCGAUUCAUGUGCUUUUUCUUAAUCACAAAGUUAGACGUUUCUUUUUGCAUAACAUUACAGGGAAAGAGGCCUU